ACACAAAUGUGUUUAGAAAGAUUUAAGUAGAUUUUGAAUAGUGCUUCAGAUUUUCACGUAGCUGUACCUAAGACUUGUCAAAUUCUUCAGCAGUGGCUAGCUCUGCCGAGCAUUGUAGCUAGCUGAAUGUAACGCAGUAGACUGUCUAACUCCUAGCUACUUUAUUAGAUGUUUGUUGAAUUUUACAAAACCAUUCUUGUUUUUAUUACUCACAGAUUGAUUUUAUUGUAGCUUUUACUGGGCUUUUAGGCCACCUGACACCGUGUGUUUGGUCUGUAAAUAUUUAAAUUGGGUUGAAGUGUUUGUUAGAUAGUUUGCUGCUAACGAAGUUAUUCCUAGGCUCUAGUUUGUGUACUUGCUCAGUCUUUAAAUAAAGCAGUGUUGCACAUGUCUUCUGCAAAUUAGUAAAGUUCCGAUUAAUUCGUAUGAAAUGCAUCACUCUGAAUCAACGGGGGAUUCUCCUGGGAUUAAAAAAAUGGCGCAUGCGUCUGUUUUUACCAGCCGUAGGGGUAGUAACACGGGAAGCAGUGGCAUGUCUUCCUCGUCAAACUCCGCCAGUAUGAACUGUAAUUCUAUUACUACCGAUGACCACCAGUCAUUAUUGCUAAUGCAACACACAUCAUCUACUGGAUCAUUUCCUGGUCUGCAUCAUCCUCCGAACAGCCUCAACGUACACACACAGUCUCAAUCUCUUCAAGGCUCUGGAACGCAGAUUAAAAAGAAAAGUGGCUUCCAGAUUACCAGUGUUUUACCAGCACACGUUAGUGCCAGCACCAACAACAGUAUAGCAGAUGAUACAGAGAGCUAUGACGAGAUGGAUGAGUCGCAUACAGAGGACCUGUCCUCCUCUGACAUCCUUGAUGUGUCUGUGUCACGGGCCACUGACACAGGAAUUCCUGAAAGAAGCUCCUCGGAGGAAACACUGAAUAGCCUUCAUGGAGGCAAAACUCCUGGAGUUGUAUCUCCUAAUGAGCCUGUAAAGCAUCAUGUGCAGACCAUUCAGCAAGAAUAUAUGGUGAAUGGGACUGUUCAUCUAAGCCACCAGCUUCAUGGACUCCAUAAGGACCAGGGGAUGCAUUCUUUGUCUGCUUCACAACCAGCUCAAGGAGUGCUAGUGUGCUCUCAAUCAGUAGGCAACGUUGUUACAGCCGCCGGUAGCCCUGUUAAAUGUGGUUCUGCUGUACAGGGUAGGACCCAAAGAGCUCCCUCAGUCCAAGGGGAAAUUGGAGCUACUGGACUUUUAAACCAGCUGUUAUCCUCAGUGUCAAGUUCUACAAGUGGAGCAGGAAAUCCAGAAUGUGUGGUUGUGACAUCUGCUAAUGGAGGAAAUCUGGUUGAGACAGGUAAUAUGAUAGAAGUUACAGCUACAAGUGCACAGCCUCCUCCAACAACUAACAGUACUCAUAGUCAGGUUUCCACAGUAUCGCGUUUUAGAGUGGUGAAGCUGGACUCCAGCACAGAACCCUUUAAGAAAGGACGGUGGCUGUGCACAGAGUAUUAUGAGAAAGAGGGUUCUUUUACCGCUCCAUUUACAGAUUCUGCAGCCCCCAACCAAGCUGUGGAGACCAUUAUUCAGUCCGAUAGUGAAACCACAAGUGGAAGUUCCUCUAGCAGCACAAUAAAUGGAGGAGGGGAUCAAGGAGCACAGCCAGUCCAGCAGACUUAUUCUCAGCCUGCGGUGCCUACUUACUCCAGUCUUUUCCAGACCACUCCUCAGAUUCACAUAAAUUCCCAGGAUCCAGUAAUUUGCACUGUUGUCCCAGCAACUGUAGUUCCCCCUAACAACCCACAAUUUGUUUCAGUCCCAGGUUUACUGGGAACUGAGGGACAGUCUCACCCUACCAGACCCCAACAGCAAAUUUCCUCUACAGUAGAAGGCCAAGCAGGUCAAAAAAAUGACUGCUCUAUAAAUCAGCAACUGUCUGGAAACCAGAGCUUGCAGCCUGUGGAUUAUGCCCAUAUUUCACAGGGCAUUCAAAUUACAGUUCAGUCUCAUCAGAUGCCACCAGUACAGGACAGUGUCACGUCUGGAGCAACUUCAGUAGCUGGGCUUCCACUUGGGACUCCUGCAGUGGCUGCGCCACAGGUUAUAUCUCCAAGGCCCCAGGUUCCAGCUCCACAGAUGAUGUUGACACAAGUAAGCACAGUAGGUCAGGCACAGCAAAAUCAACCACAUUUGCCCCCAGAACAGCAACAGGCUAUUGUGAGUCAGCCAUCCCAACAAUCCUCAAUAACUACAGUCUAUACUGUACCUAGUAUACCUUCUUCUCUCCAAAGCAACUUUCAGCCAGUCACUUCUCAAACCGUUCAGCUUGGAGGUCCAGUUGCAGGCCACUCUGGUGGAGUAGGCCUGACACUGCAUCAACAGGUAGGCCAGUCAUCCCAACUCCCUCCAGCAAGGGGUCUUUAUGCUGGGGUGGCAUCUCUGACUGCCUCUCAGCUUGAAGAUGCUGGUCGACUACUGUUCCAGCACCAGUCUCUACUUUCUUUGCCACGCCUGACUACAGGAGGAGUGUCUGGACUCAUUGGCUCAGUGGCAGGUGCCAAUCUUGGACAGGAGGGCAGUGCCAGUGUGGAUGCCAGUGCUUUUGCAGGCACAGAUGAGGAAAGCUCUUUGGGUUCCAGUGUGGUAGCCAUAGACAACAAAAUUGAGCAAGCCAUGGACUUGGUGAAAAGCCACCUGAUGUAUGCAGUGCGUGAGGAGGUGGAGGUGCUGAAGGAACAGAUAAAAGAGCUGAUAGAGAGAAACUCCCAGCUGGAGCAGGAGAACAACCUACUGAAGAACCUAGCUAGUCCUGAGCAGCUUGCCCAGUUCCAGACUCAGGUGCAAAGCACCUCUCCAACUUUAGGCACCCAGUCAGGUACUCUGGGAGCUCCGCCAGCCUCACAAACCCAAAACAUGAGUCCCCCUGUGUAAUUACCUCCUAAUAGAGAAACUUAUGGGGUUCCUGACUAACACAUACAUCAGAAUAUGACAAAAGCCUAAAUGAUACUGUGAAUGCACGCAUUCAGCAAGAAUAGAAAACAUGCCACAGUUACCCAAGUAAUUUUUUUUACAGGGACAUCUUUUUGUCUUCUGCACGUUGUCAUACAUGACGCUUCCUGAGAGUUAACCCUCAAGAGCUUUACAUGCCUUAGACAAUCAGUACUGAUAAAUAACUUCCAUGUGGACUCUAAUGAUAGCUCCAUAGCUGAUGGAUCGCACCCUUGCAUGCUCAAGGGACUAUUUUGUUUGUUGUUCCUGAAGUAUUGCACAAUGACAAUAAAGUUGAAUCUAAUCUAAUCUAAUUGUUAA